AUGGAGGCCGAGAAGCCCAAUGCCGUGAUCGGUUCGGCUUCCGCUGAAGCCAACGAAGCGGCCGAGCUGUUCAACAAGCAGGUGGAUCAACAGAAGCUGGCGGCGAUGGCAGCCCGCGUCGCGCAGCUGCAAGACGAAGACGCGGAGCUGCGUGCGAGGCACGACAAGCGCGAGCAGGAGACGCACGAGUUCGUGGCCUACUUCCAGAAGGAGAUCCAGACCCGAGACAAACAGCUCACCAAGCUUGGCGAAGAGCUCGCAGCGGCGCGAUUGAGUCAUGCUCUCGCACUUGAGCAGAUGCAGCAGGCGCGAGAUUCCGAGCGCCAGCACCUCACGCAGCAAGCGGUUGCCAAGGAGGAAGCUGCGUCCGAGCAGAUAUUUUACUUGCGCGAGGAGCUGCAUCAGCUCGAACUGUUCCGCGAGAUGAAGGACAGCAUCGCCACUAAGUUGAAGGACCUCGAGACGCAGCUAACGCUGGAGCGAGAGCAGGCACGUGAGACGUCCGGCGCGCUUGAACGAAAGUUCCUGGAGGAGAAGGCGCGUCUGCAAAAGGAGCACGAGAAGAAGAUCGAGGUCGUCAAGCAGCAGGCCAAGGAGGACGCGCGCAACGGGCUCGACGCAGACACUCGCAAGAUCGUGACGGACAACAAGCGCAUGGGCGAGGAGCUGCGCUUCCAGCUGCAGAUGACGGAGGAGCUGCAGCGCGAGAAGCAGCAGUUCGAGGCCCGGGCCAAGACGCUCAACAUCGAGCUGCAGCUCCAGAUUCAGAAGGAGGCCGAGUUCGCCAAACAGGCCCAGCGACAAGCUCGAGAGCUCACUCAACUGCGUGCCAGUCUGCGUGAAGCCGAGCAGAAGCUUGGUGCGGGUCUCGCUGCUGCGUCUUGGGAUGCUCACGCACAUGCCACUCGCCAUGAGCGCGAGCGCGAGGAGUUGACGCUGGACGUGGAAGGCUUACGGAAGUUGCUGCGACUCAAGAACCGCGAGCUGCGAAACCUGAGGCGACUAGCGCAAACGAUUCUGAACCAGCGCACGGACGUCGAGCAGUUCUUCCUGGACUCACUCGAGCACGUAAAGCGCGAGGUCGAACGCGAGCGCAAGGAGAAACACGACCGCGAGGUCGAGCACUACCAUCGCGAGAUGAAUUGUGCGCAAGGUAUCAAGCCCAGUCUACGGUUCCCAAAGCUGACUUCGCCCAACAGCCCUGCACCACGACGAGACUCGGCACCUCCUGGCCCACCGCAGCAUUUUACUGAGAAGGUGGACUUACGGCAGCUCAGCUGGGAGGACCGUGAACGGGUCCUCCGUCUCGUGUUUGCCAAAAUCAACCGGUCGCAGAGCUAUGUGGACAUGCAGGAUAGUCCGCCAGAAACCAUCGAGACACCGCCGAAACACGCGAGGAGCCCGAAUCAAAGGGAAAAGCACCGCUCACCAGCCGUUUACUUCGCCACGGAGCCACACUCCGAACGGAGCGAACGAGGGACGGCUGGUGGUUACUCACUGGGCGAAGACUCGCUGAGUAUGUCAUUGAGUGGAAUGCCCCUCGCCCCACGAGCGCCAGCCAGAACGAACACAAGUAAAGGUAGAUAA